UUUAGAAGUUCGGUGCCACUGUAUAUAACUACUGGUAAUUUUUCAAGCAUGCUCGUCCACCACUUUUUUCCUCACUAAAAAAAAAAUAUACAUACAUAGUUAUAUUAUUAAAUUUAAGUGAUUUCAUGGUUUUGGUAAUUUAUGUGACUUUUUACAUUUUGCAGUAUGUAUGAAAUAGUAUUGUCAUCGAAAACCAUAUUUGAGGAAAUCAAUGAAGCUUGUGGUUCUUUUGCAGUAGCCCACUGCGUAUCAGAAGAUUUUCAGAUGAGUAGGGGUGUUGCGGUGCAGUUUAAGCUGAACUAUGGCCAGGUUAGUGUCCUCCUGGACCAACGGGUCAGAGUCGGUGGGGUAGCAGAAAUCAAGGUUGAAGAGGAAAAGGUUUUUUAUAUUUUUUACCUAGUAACUAAAGUAUUAUACUACCACAAACCGACUCUCCAGUCCCUAGCUACCACAUUGGUACAGUUAAAGGAUAGACUGAAAGACUUAAAAAUUAAUUCGUUAAUAAUCCCGAAACUGGGCUGUACCUUAGAUGGACUGAAUUGGUACCAGGUCCAUGGGUUAUUGAAAAAUACAUUUGACGAAAGUGAUGACCUGCAAAAAUUUAAAAUCACCGUUUGCGAUCCCGAAAACUUUCAGAUACCAUCUCACCAUCUGGCCCCAAUAGACGAGAAGUGUAUUGAUUUUUUUGAUGUUUCGACAAGUUCCACAAUAAAUAUUCUACCCGUCGAAAUUACGUGCGCGACAACCAACAUAAUGUUCCAAAAAUGUUUAACGAGUAAACUUUUAACGCCAGAUUUGUGGGCUACGGUGCGCCUAGGACAGGUCAUCCGAGUCAGAGAUAACUUCCUGAUAUGGGCAAUAGAGGGCGAUAAUGUGACAUUUUUUCAAACUUUGGAAACCCAAAUUAAUGAAACAGUAGCGAUGGGACUCGAUUCAUCAAUUUGGACAUUUCCAAAGUCUGAAAUGAUUCACUAUACCGCAUUCUCGUCGUUGCUAAGGUCACUGUUGGCCGACAAUGAACGGCGGUAUAGAAUAGUGGUGUGCGACCGAAAUAUGUAAGUUGAUCAUCGAAUAAAAUGUAUUUACCUAUAUGUAAAAAUAAUGAAAUAUAUUUUACAAAAAAAUGCUAUUGAGUAAUAAUCGUCACUUGUUUAUAAAAUAUUGAAGGACCACGCAAGUCAAGCAAUUUAGAGGGAAG